ACUCGUGCUGUCAACAUCACUGGCCCUCGUGUAUCAUCAGUCGGCCACGGCUGACUACCUUCGCUUUUGACAACACACCACACUGAUCUUGAUUGUGACGAUGGCCAAUGCCACUCUCGACUGCUCGACUGGGGGUUGCUGAUGGUUGACCACAUUUCGACUUUUGCGACCACAAUACGGCAACAUACAACAGUGCCACGAAUAUCCACAUCUUACACCCUAUUACCCUCGCUCCUACCAGGCUAAAUCGCCAACAUGCAACUCCCCCCGGCCGAGGUUCUGGCCACAUGGCCCACACCUAACUACGUCGACCCAGUGACCCGCGGGCCGGCCGUGAAUAUCGUGAAUAUCGUCCUUCUUUCCAUCGCAUUCAUCGUGACUGUUCUUCGCCUUUACGCACGUUUCAAGAUAACGUGCACACCUGGUCUCGAUGACUUUUUCAUCGUCAUCGCUUUUGCUAUUGCAGUGGGCAUGUGCGCGUGUACGUCUCUGGCGACUGAGCGCUGGGGUGCGAACCGACAUGUAUGGGAUGUGCCCUUGUCCUGGCUACCUGUCGUUACCAAAUACAACCUCGGAUUUCAGAUUACAUUUUCCCUCUCCUGUUCAAUCACCAAGCUUUCGGUUCUGUGGUUCUGCAAGCGCCUCAUCGGAACGGGGAGCAAGGGACUGUACCGAAUCUACAACAUUGUUGUGAUCGUCUCCUUCAUCUUUGUGGCCUUGUGCUGCAUUGUCUUUUUGCUGGUCAGCAUCUUUCAGUGCUCGCCAAUCCAUGCUUUUUGGGACUUGGAGCCAAUGUAUCCUCAUCAUUGCGUCAAUUACGGCGCAGCAGUAUUCUCUGCGAGCGUUGUCAACAUCUUCACCGAUUUUCUCUGCACUCUGGUCCCGAUGCCAUUGAUCUGGAACCUGAAGCUGCCUGCCCGGCAGCGAAUGGCCGUGAUUUCGAUCUUUGGUCUGGGUAUCUUUGUCAACGUGGCAGGUACGGUGCGCACCGUAUAUGUCUGGAAGAGUAUGAUGGCCUCCUAUGACACUACCUGGAUGGGAUGGCCUAUUCUGGUCGCUGGAUCGGUAGAAAUCAACUUGGCACUGAUCUGUGCUUCUGCACCUGCCUUGAGACCUCUUAUCGGAUUUGUCUUGCCCCACCUUCUCCCGUCUGCCCGUGGCUACGGAUCCUCAUUCGGCAACCGGGAGUUGAAGGGAUGGUCUUCCACUGGACCAUCCAAGCAGUCCCGCGCUUCCAAAAUGAUUGAAGAUCGCCAGUAUGGUUACCAAGGCGAUACCACGGUGGAUCGUAUGGAGGUCUUGCGCACUGUUGAGAUGGAGACAUGGACCGAGAAUCGGCGACCCAGCCAUAGCAACAACUCUCAGGUCAUGUCGAAUCACACGCGCGUUGCAACCCCGACGCACCACGUCGAUUUAAAGAAUAAUGGUGUGGUAUAUACGUCGCCUGGAAGCGACGUCUCCUCCACCUCACUCACCCGUGACUCCAAGGAGCAACACACAUUUUACGAAAACAGGAACCCGGUCUAGGGUGUAACGCUCUCUAUAUUUUCCUUUUCUAUUCUUCCAUUCCCCUUAAUGCAA